AAAUUUUAAAAGUGCCAAAUCAAAGUAAUUUGUUUCCAUGGUUAUUAAUUAGUCCUGUUUCAGAUCUUAAGGUUUAUUAUCUCUCUUUCACAACCUUGAUUUGUUCCCUAAAUGGUUCCAAUAGUUCUAAAUAGAUCUAGUUUCCACCAAAAGGCACAUAUCCUGCCCUUCUUGCUACAGGGCCUAUAACCUAGAAUCCAGUCUUAGAUAACUAAGAACCAGGUUCCACCCUUAUAAACUCUGGCUACAGCUUGACCCUGCCCUUGCAGACAGUUAAUUUCCACCCCUCAACUCUCCUGUAUAUCUGGCCUCCUACCUCUGCUGAAUUCUAAAUUCGUCUUGCCUAGCUAAUUACCAUAGCGUUAUCCUACACUCCUACAGAGUCAAGCCCUACCCUGCUGCUAUUCCCUGUUCUAAAUAAGUCCUGUUUCCGCUGAACCGCAUGGUGUGCGGCACCACCUACUUUGGUGUUUUGGCAGCUGUCUCAGGGUGUCUACCAAUCAGCUGAAAGCAGAGCCCAUCCACCGCCCCUUCAUCCUCAGGGGGUUGUCUGUCUGCCAUCAAUCUCAUUUAGGCCAAUCAGUAUGAACCAGGCGCCCUCUCCCCCGCCCCAACCCUGGCACUUGCCCACUAGGCUACAAGUCUUCCUUGACCCAAUCAGGGUGAAGCACCAGUGCAGCCCGAUGCCUCUCUAGUUGACCAUCCACAGUCCAUCAAUCCCCUUCAAGCCAAUCAUGUCACAGCUCUGUUAGGAUUCCACCACCAGGCCCCGUAGCUGUGCCUACAUCCUUGACUUUUUGGCCAAUCAGCGAGCAGCAGGACGCUCGGCUCCUCCCCUGAGGGCCCACGUGAGCGGUGGGGAAUCGCAGGGGCGGCUUCUGGGUGCUGCCGCCGCCACCACUGCUGCUGCUACCGCCGCUGCCACCGCCACCGCCACCGCCUUGGAACUCGGGCCUGGGGGGCGGUGGGGCCUCGUAUGGAGCCCCCGCCCCCCGGAGCUGCCGCUGCCACCGCCGCGCCACACACAGACCCAUGGUACAGCCUCCUCUUCAGCGCUUCUGGAAAACAGCAUGUACGGGCCAGCCUCAGGGCCUUUGCAUUGGCUCUUCUUUCUCCCUUAACACUAUUCCCACAUUUCUGCGUGGUAACUUCCAAGGCCCCAUUCAGUUACCAUAUCCAAAAGAACUUUUUCAUCACACUGUGCAGGGAACACACUACAGGUGUUUCUAAGAAUGCCAUUUGAUUUGUAAGGUAUCCCUGGAAUGGCGUGAGCGCUUCCCUAGUGAUGGACCCAUCUGUGACGCUGUGGCAGUUUCUGCUGCAGCUUUUGAGAGAACAAGGUAAUGGCCAUAUCAUCUCUUGGACCUCACGGGAUGGUGGUGAGUUCAAGUUGGUGGAUGCAGAGGAGGUGGCCCGUCUGUGGGGACUACGCAAGAACAAGACCAACAUGAAUUAUGACAAGCUCAGCCGGGCCUUGCGGUACUACUAUGACAAGAAUAUCAUCCGCAAGGUGAGCGGCCAGAAGUUUGUCUACAAGUUUGUGUCCUAUCCAGAGGUUGCAGGGUGCUCCACUGAAGACUGCCCACCCCAGCCUGAGGUGUCUGUAGCCUCGACUGUAGCAAUGGCCCCUGCUGCUGUCCAUGCAGCCCCAGGGGACACUGCCACUGGAAAGCCAGGAACACCCAAGGGUGCAGGAAUGGCAGGCCAAGGUGGUUUAGCACGCAGCAGCCGGAACGAAUACAUGCGCUCGGGCCUCUAUUCUACCUUCACAAUCCAGUCCCUGCAGCCACAGCCACAGCCACCCCUUCAUCCUCGGCCUGCCUCAGUGCUCCCCAACACUACCCCUGCAGGAGUACCAGCACCCCCCUCAGGGAGCAGGAGCACCAGUCCAAACCCCUUAGAAGCCUGUUUGGAGGCCGAAGAGGCUGGUCUGCCCCUGCAGGUUAUCCUGACCCCACCCGAGGCCCCCAACCAGAAAUCGGAAGAGUUGAGUCUGGAGCCAGGUUUUGGCCGUCCUUUGCCCCCAGAAGUGAAAGUGGAGGGGCCUAGGGAAGAAUUGGAAGCUGUAGGCUUUGGUUCAGAAGCUGUCAAAGCUGAACCAGAAGUCUCACCCUCGGAAGGCCUCCUGGCUCGGCUCCCAACCAUCUUAAUGGAGAACACAGCACAGGUGUGUGGCCUCUCUGCCUCUGCCACUGAGAUCAUCCAACCCCAGAAGGGCCGGAAGCCCCGGGACCUGGAACUUCCACUUAGCCCAAGCCUGCUGGGUGGCCCAGGACCUGAACGGACUCCAGGAUCAGGAACAGGCUCUGGUCUGCAGGCACCAGGGCCGGGACUGACACCAUCCCUGCUACCCACACAUACCUUGACCCCGGUGCUGCUGACACCCAGCUCGCUGCCCCCCAGCAUUCAUUUCUGGAGCACUCUGAGUCCAAUUGCACCCCGUAGUCCAGCCAAGCUCUCCUUCCAGUUUCCAUCCAGUGGCAGCGCACAGGUGCACAUCCCUUCUAUCAGCGUGGAUGGCCUCUCGACCCCCGUGGUGCUCUCCCCAGGGCCCCAGAAGCCAUGACUACUGCCACCACCCCCUUUCUGGAGUCUCUCCAUCCAUGCUCCUGAACUCUCCAGCUAGUCAUCUCAAGGAGAAACCGUUCAACUGACAGACUCACGUUCUGGUUGUGGUGGGGUGGAUAUUCCUAGGGAAGAGGCUCUUUCACUAACUUCCACCCAAAACAGACUUCUUUCUUUUUUGCCAGCCUCCCAGUGGCCGCCUUCACACGUCUCCUUCUUCAAUGGUAGGGGCGGUUUAUUUAUUUAUUUUUUGAAGGCCACUGGGAAGAAUCUGGCCUAACUCUUUUAGGAGAGUGAGUAAGACAUCUCCCCUAUUUCCUCCCCAUUUAUCCCCUAAAACAAGACAAUCAGGGUAUGGCUUGAGAAGGAUCUUUCUUUAUUUAUUUCUCAGCCUGCUCUUGGGGAGUUGAGGAUGCCCUGUCUGUCUUUUGGGACAUGGGUUGAAGAGCUAGUGUGUUUAGUUUUAUUAUUCCUGGCAAUAUCUGAGUCCAGGCAGCACUUGUAUGAUUUAAUGGUUUGGGAGUCGUAGCCAGAGAAGAAUCACAGUGUUAAAAUAGGAAUUGCUACCUCCCCAACCUUUUCAGUCAGCUUGUUCUUUUCUCAAGUAACCUUUUGGCCAAGGAGGAAUCUUUUGUUGUUGUUCCUCCUGAGAAGCCAUUACUUUGUCUCCAAAUCCCCUGGGGGCCUGUCUAUUACCUCCCAAUGGAGGGUUUUUUUGGGUGGUGGUCCCCGUCUGGGGGACUCCUCCAGCCAGUACUCCAGGGCUCUGUCUCCCAUUCUCUUCCAUUUUGAUAGUAUAAUCUAUUUUUAAAUGGGGCUUUUCAAUAGGGGAGAGGGAAGCAUCUCUUCCUAUCUGUGAUGGGUGGGUAGUAAGGGAUUUGGAGGCAGUCUUCCUGCCAACCCCAAGUGUUUAUUUUUGAUACCGAACGUGUAUUUUCAGCUCCCUCCCUCCCAGCCCCCCAAUUUCCUGCGGGCGGGUACAAAGGACCCUUUUAAGUGUCCCUGGAGUUGGGAGGGAGGAAUGGGGAGACAUGAAGCCUGUCUUGUAUCAAUUCUAGGCUGGAAGGGGUAGAUUAAAAAAACUCCCAGGCUCACCUCCUGUCAGCACUGGCCCAGACCAGGCCUGAAGACCUGGGGGUUGGUGAUUUGGGGGACGGUGCUACACUCGUCUCCACUGUUUCUUUUACUUCCCCAAAAUGGACCUUUUUUUCUAAGAGUCCCAGAGAAUGGGGAAUUGUUCCUGUAAAUAUAUAUUUUUAAAGGUGUUGCUGAAA